CCCACAUCAUGUAAACAAACCGGCCACUCACGAGGAAAGCUGGAGAGCUCGUCCAAUCCGGAGCCAGCACAGCGGGAGGGGGACGGGGCGUCACGCGGAGAGAGACCUAUCCAAGGACCGGGCUGCGAACCAGACCGGCGUUGCAGAGGCAGACCUCGUCCGCUCCUGAAGAAGGGACAGCUUCUACCCCGGGAGAUCAGUGGUCAUAGCAUGGUUGGCUGUGCAGCGUUUGGAUGCUCCAAUCGGUCCGAGAAGGGUUACCGAAUGUAUGGCUUCCCCAAGGACCAAGAUCGCAUGAAGAGAUGGAUGGCAAUGGUCAGCCGUCAAAACCUGCAUAUGACAUGGGCCAGCAACAGUCGAAAACUAUGUCAUGUACACUUUGAAGAUGACCAAUUCACUGCCACAAAAACAGGAGGCAAGUUGAAGUUGAGGCCAGAUGCUUUGCCAACAGUAUUCAUUCAUCGGCCUAAGCCGAAGAGGAGGAAACCAAUCCAAAUGGACCACACAUAUAACGCCAAAUUAAACUUCGAGAUUGAGGGAGAUAUGGCGAGAGCAAUGAAGGGGACAUAACGCGAGACAGAGGGAGCGAUCAAAAGGGGCAGGUGAUCCAGGGAUGUGUGUGCCGAGCUCCAGUCAGUUGGUCCACCAAUGAAGAAACAACUUUGCCAGGGCCAGGUGCUCCAGGGACCAGACUGCAGGGGACUGAUAGGGCGACCGUGGAGGACCUAAUGAGGCCUAUCAAAAAGGAGAAAUGAAUAAGAAGGGCAGCAGAGAGGGCUCUUGCACAACAAAAAAUAAUUAAUUUGGCGCAAAGAAAGAGGAGCUAUUAAGUUGACCAGAAGUUAACACAAAUGUUUUACAGAGACCAAAGUCGAGCCCUUUGACAGGAAAAGAAGACAGGAAUACGGUUGGGAAAGGAGACAAAUUUAAAAGCAAUGGGGGGGGAAAAGCACUGGCACCACUGGUUAGAAAUCCCUCCAACAAAUGUAGAUUCCACUGCCUAACAUCCGCGCGCUGUACAGGAGGAUGCAGCGUGUAAAGCUGGAGCCAGGAGUGUUGGGGCCAGUUGAGACGCUGAGGCUGACGGCAAGUGGUACGAGUGAAGUGGAUAGAGGGUGUGUGCUCUCCUUAGAUGAGACGUCCAUUACUCCGGGCAUGGAGCCUGAUAUGGGAACGGGGAGGCUAUUUGGCAAUAUCACGCUGCCUGACCACAAGAGACAAGCGACGCGUUCACUGGUGUUUAUGCUGGCUGGAGCUACAACACGGAGGAAACAAGUUGUGGCUUACGACUAUAGCGGCAAUUCCUCUUAUUGCGAAGUUUACCAGCCCAUCAUAGUCAGCAUUGUUGAAGCGGCGGUAUCUAUAGGGCUUUGUGUGCUUAACAUCCCCACAGAAUUGAAUAGAGCAAUGUGGAUGUCCCUUGGGCUGACCUAUGACAAGCCAUGGAUCCAGCAUCCUGAUGAGCCAAACCAGCGCCUCCGUUUCAUGCCUGACGUUCUUCACCUCGUCUCGUUUACCCCUGGAGAUAGCUUCACAGCUGGCAAAUCGAGCUAACAAACGAGAAGGCAAUCGAUCGUCUACCAAGAUAAAAAUAUAUAUAAUUACACUAAAACUGCAAGAUGGCAACCAAUGACAUCGUGCUUCCCGAUGAGACCCAAGAAAAAUGCAGCCGCUAUAGCUUGCUGAGAUGGCUCAACAACACGCUAAAAGUUAAAUUCAAUCAUGUGUCACAGACAUGCUCAGGUGCCACUCACUGCCAGUUCAUGCACUGGCUGUUCCCAGGCUCGCUCGACAUGAGCCAAGUGAAGUUCCAGGCACAGAACGAGGGGGAAUUCAGGCACAACUACAAUCUGCUUCAGGAAGCAUUUGAUAGGAGCGGCAUUACCAAGGGAAUUCCCGUUGGAGAACUGGUCACUGGCUCAUUCAAAGCAAACUUCGUCUUCUUGAAGUGGUUCAAGACGUUUUUCACAGAAAACAUCAAAGAUAUGGACUACGACCCAGUCCAAGCACGGGCUGGUGAAGGAAUCUGUCCCGCGCUUAUAAUGAUGAACUCCCCAAAAAGAGGGAGUUCGAGACUGGAACCUGAUGUUGAAGAAACGAAGGGCGCCCAAAAUUUCCCCUACACCGAGAAGUGGAAGGAGAUGUACAGUUGGGCGGAGCCCAGCACUUGUGGAGAGCUCUACGCUUACUGCAGUGUGUGUGGUACAGACUUGUUGACAUAUCGUAAAGGCAUCCAGGAUCUAACCCGACACUUUGUCACAAUCAAACACAAGACAAGGGCCAAAAAACCCCAACUGGAACUUCAAGCCCCAAAAACAGGGCCAUUGCCCUGUAGCGAGGUUGUCGUGCAGUUCAUAAACAAAUACUGUUCGUCAAGCUCCUCUGGUGGAGACCAGCCGUCUAGAGGCUUUGCACGCUAUAUGCUGGGAUUAGAGUUUCCCACUGACGUUUUGUCGAUUUGCAAGCAAACACCGUACUGCUUGUACGUGUACGGAGGGGUGACACUGGAGGAGGCGGCCACCGUGUCUGUGGUUCUCGUUGGCUUCUUUGACAUAGAAUCUGCUACUCACCAUAUCAGGCUUCUGGACGUUCUGCCCUCUCCCGCAGAAGAAGCAGGGGAAGAACCAAAGAAAACAGGAGGAGCUGUGGUGGAGGCCAUGAAGAGAUUCAGCCUUCCCUUGAUUAAUCUGUCUGCGGUUUACGUCGGUGGCACUGGUGCCUCCGCGCAGCACGUCUGCUCACAGCUCAGGGAGUUCAGUCCAAACCUAGUUGCCUUCGGAGAUCUGGAUAAGUUGGCGGAUGCUGCCUGCCAUGCCGCAGUCACAGCCCUCUCUGCCUCGGUUCUGAAGAUCAUUUCAGAGCUCCAUGCAUAUUUCACGUCCACCUCCAAGGAGAUUGAUUGUUUAAAGGAUCUGUUCGCUUCUGAGAACAAUGACAGCAAAACAUUUCAUCCUAGCAGAGACUGCCUUAACUUUAGUCAGUUAGUCAGGAAGAUGCUGGAAACGUGGCCAGAUCUGGUUUCCUUCUUCGAAUCUUGCAAAAAGGACAAGGACAAGGACAAAGUCCAGCCCAUCUUUGUCAUGCUGCAGGACGCAAACCUCAAGGCAACCUUUAAGUUCCUGGCUUUGGCCCUGAAGCCUCUUGAGGCUUUCCAAAAACAUCUAGAGAUGCAUGAUGGAGAUACAGGCGCAGACCUGGUGCGCAUCUUGCAAGAAGCCAGCAGCUUGUUGCACACCUAUGCCGCCCACUUCCUCAAUCCGCAGGCUGCAGAGCGCUUCCUUGAGGAGCACGACGCCCGUGUCCUUACAGACAAGACGCUUCACCAGUCAGGGGCCGACCUCGUGGCUGGGGGUUCAGCCGUGGAGGAGCUGCUGGAUGAGCCUCUUACACAGCAGUUCUUGUCAUUCUACAUGACACUCACAGGUCUCAUUGCUAAAGAGGUGCCACUGAGUGACAGGAUCCUGAAGAGCAUGGCGCAGCUCCUGAACCCCGAGACCAAACUCAAAGUAACAGACACGGCCGUGGAAGAACUGGGAAAGAGGCUGGGAGUCUGCAGCACUGAAGGAGAGGUGAACCAGCUCACCAAAGAGCUUCUGGAGUAUCAGCAGAGCGAAGAAGAAGAAGAGGAGGAAGAUGGAGAACACCAAGAUACAUCUGCCAUCUCACUGGAGAAGCACUGGGCCGGCGUGCUCAAAAACAGGGAUUCUUCCUCCGUCCUCAGGAACCUGGUCUUGAGCCUGCUGUCCUUCCCUUGUCCUCCCCUCGAGGCCGAGAUAGUCUACGCUCAGGCCGUCGCAAGCGGAGAUGCCAUAUUGUUUUCGGAAGACAGAGAGGAUUCGAUCAUGGAGGACAACCCUAUUUCUGAGGGCACUAGUACCUCCCCUGUCCAGAAUGGCAUAAAGAUGGAAGAGGAUUGUAGUGUAUCAGUGAAUUACCUUAAUGGGACAGUUAAGCCAUGCACAGUUCUCCUGAGGAAGCUCAUCCAACCAAAUAUUGGGGGUGACAAAGAUGGACUCGUCUCCAGUCAAGAGGGGCCCACUAGGGGAGGUAAUGGUUGGGAGACCAGCUUGCGGCAGAAACCCCCGUCCCGCGCAGUGUUUCAGGCCGGCCGGGGCACCUGGGCCAAGCCUAUAGGUCUUGAUAAGGACAGCCCAAGGGGACGGGAGUCUGAGGAUGAGUUGGGGAAAGACACUUCACCGGCAUCCAGUAGGAUAACCCCGAGCGGUCGAAAUUUGAGACGGGUCCAGGCCUAUCAGGAUGGGAAGGGCUUCCUGACCGGAGAGCUGGUGUGGGGGAGUCUGAAGGGCUUCUCCAUGUGGCCCGGGUUGGUCGUGCCCUGGAAGGCCAAGUCAGCGCCACCUGGGAUGAGACGCGUGGAGUGGUUUGGAGACGGGAUGUUCUCGGAGAUCCCCUCUUCAGGCCUUAUGCCGUUUCAUGCCUUUACUCGCUGCUUCUGCAAAAAUUCCUACGCCAGCCUGCCAACGUACAAGGACGCUAUCUACCAGAUCAUUGAGCUGGCCGGGGAACGCUGCAGGAAGUCGUUUGGAGCGGCGAAGGGAGGCAAGGAGGACGAGCUCAAUCUGAUGCUGGACUGGGCCCACGGGGGAUUCCUUCCAAGCGGGCCGGAUGGCUUCAGGCCCCCUGGCUCUACACCGGCAGAUCAGUCAGACAGUGCACAGUCAGACUACAAUCCGCCAGCUAAAAGGAAACAUGUUAGCAAGGCAAAAGCGAUUGCACUUGCUGCAGUCACCUACAACAGAGAAUCAAUGAUACAGGAAAUUGAAGACAAGGGUAAAAAGAUUGAAGAUUUCUGUAUGUCUUGUGGAUCACCUGAGACAGAAAUCUUCCAUCCACUGUUUGUUGGCAGUCUCUGUUUGAAGUGCAAGGACAACUUUAUAGAGACAUUUUAUCGCUACGACGAAGAUGGCUACCAGUCGUACUGCACCGUUUGCUGUGGCGGCCUCGAGGUGAUUCUCUGCGGCAAUCCCAGCUGCUGCAGAUGUUUCUGCAAGGAUUGCAUCAACAUCCUGGUGGGCCAGGGGACCUUCGAUCAGCUGAAGGACAUCGACCCUUGGAGCUGCUACGUAUGCAAGCCGUCCGAGUGCGGUGGGAACCUGAGGCUGAGGUCCGACUGGAGGCUGAAGGUCCAGGAGUUCUUCGUCAACAACAGUGCACUGGCAUUCGAACCCCAUCGAGUGUAUCCCUCCAUCUCUGCUGACCAGCGCAGACCCAUCAGAGUGCUGUCACUAUUCGAUGGCAUUGCAACAGGUUACCUCGUGCUCAAAGAGCUGGGCAUCAAAGUGGAGCUCUACGUGGCUUCAGAGAUAUGCGGCGAUUCCAUCGCCGUGGGAAUGAUCAAACACCAGGGAAAGAUCCAAUACGUCAACGACGUGCGCACAAUCACAAGGAAAACUCUGGCCGAAUGGGGUCCGUUUGACCUGCUGAUCGGAGGCAGUCCCUGUAACGAUCUGUCCAUGGUGAACCCUCUUCGAAAAGGAUUGUUUGAGGGCACUGGCAGACUGUUUUUUGAGUUCUACCGAAUGCUGACCAUGAUGAGGCCUAAAGAAGAUGACGACCGCCCGUUCUUCUGGUUGUUUGAGAACGUGGUGUUCAUGGGGGCCAACGACAAGUCAGAUAUCUGCAGAUUCCUUGAGUGUAACCCCAUUCUUAUUGACGCAGUGAAAGUCAGUCCUGCGCACAGAGCUCGCUAUUUCUGGGGAAACGUCCCUGGCAUGCACAGGCCUCUUGCAACAUCUCUAGAUGACAAAGUUGGCCUCCAGGAUUGUUUGGAAGUGGGACGCAAAGCAAAGUUUGAGAAAGUCCGCACCAUCACAACAAAAUCCAACUCCAUAAGGCAGGGAAAGGAUGGCCCUCUUCCGGUGGACAUGAACGGGAAGGAGGACUACCUCUGGUGUACCGAGAUGGAGCAAAUCUUUGGCUUCCCUAAACACUACACCGACGUGAACAACAUGGGCCGGUGCCAGAGGCAGAGGGUCCUGGGUCGAUCCUGGAGCGUCCCGGUCAUCCGCCACCUCUUCGCCCCCCUCAAGGACUAUUUUGAAUGUGAAUCAGGACAGUAAACUGCAGGCACGAUGUGGUAGAACUACUGUUCUGUCCACUAUGUUUUUAAACAUCCAUACAGAGAUUCUCUUUUUUAAUACUUUCACGAUGAAAUGCUUACUUUUUAUUCAAUGAUUUAUUUUAUUGUCGAACUUAGGAGACCCUAUUAACAGGAAUCAGAUUUGUCAGUGAUUGAUCAUGGAUGAUGCUUUUACAUUCAAGCAAUGGUGCUGUGCUGAAUCCAAACUGUAACACAAUGUUCUACCUCGAUACGUAUUUUUGACCACAACUUUUAGUUUCUUUUAACCUAUUUAAUUGAUGUAUGAAGGGGAUGAACUGGUAUUUUACUUAGGAUUAGGAGUUAUGUCUGUGU